AUGGGACAGGAGAGUUGGGGGCCAAUGUCCACUUCAGGGAUGAAUGCCGCACCGGGGGUGCCGCCUCCAACUGCGGGGAUGAGCGGCAGCCCUCCACCGCCGGCUUCUCUCUCCCCCAGAAUGAGCGCAUUCCAGUCUGGGGGUUCUCCCAAGAUGCCUUCCAAUCCUCCAAAUUCCCCUGCCAGGUCCAUUAUGAGCUCCCCAAGACUAUGGCAGAAGGCGUCCAUCUCCAGACUAGCAGAGGAGUUUUUCUGGAUUGGUGGGAGUGUGGUGGCUCAGCCUAAAUGGAGGCUAGGCCAAUUUGUGGAGAGAUGCAUGUGCACGAUGCAGACUGGGACCCAGAUGACCAAACUCAAGGGAAAGAAGAAAGGACUCAUGCGCUUUUACUACUUGGAUGAGCACCGCUCGUGCAUCCGAUGGCGUCCUUCCAGGAAACACGACAAAGCCAAAAUUACAAUUGACUCCAUCCACGAGGUUCGUGAGGGGAAAAAGUCAGAGGUUUUCCGACGAUACGCCGACAAUCGCUUUGACCCAAACUGCUGCUUCAGCAUCUACUACGGUGAGCGCGUCAAGUCAUUGGACCUGGUCAGCACCAACGGCGAGGAGGCCCGCACUUGGAUCAACGGACUCAAGUAUCUCAUGGCUGGCAUCAGCGACGAAGACAGUUUGGCUAGGAGGCAGCGCACCCGUGAUCAAUGGCUUCAGCAGACUUUCUCGGAGGCAGACAAAAAUGGAGAUGGCACCCUGAGCAUUGGUGAAGUCCACCAACUGCUUCACAAACUCAACGUGAAUCUACCUAAGCAGAAAGUCCGUGAGAUGUUCCAGGAAGCAGACACAGACGAAAACCAGGGCUCUUUGGGAUUCGAGGAAUUCUGUUCUUUCUACAAGAUGAUCUCCACGCGCCGAGAUCUCUACCUUAUUAUGAUUUCCUACAGCAACCAAAAAGAAGUAAUGGACCUCCACGACCUCGCCCGCUUCCUGGAGAACGAGCAGAAGAUGCAAGGUCUAACCAGAGAGCACCUGAUGGAAAUCGUGGCCAAGUUUGAGCCAUGUCCUGUCAACCUGCAGCGUCUGGUUCUGGGAAUAGAUGGUUUUACGAACUACAUGCGAAGCCCGAGCGGAGAUAUUUUCAACCCAGAGCAUAACCAGGUUAACCAGGACAUGACACAGGCACUGGGCAAUUACUUCAUCGCCACUUCGCACAACACCUACCUGACCGGAGACCAGUUGCUAUCGCAAUCUAGUGUGGAGAUGUAUGCCUACGUUCUCCAGGCUGGUUGUCGCUGCGUGGAAGUGGACUGCUGGGAUGGGCCAGAUGGCGAGCCCAUCAUUCACCACGGCUACACAUUGACAUCGAAAAUCCUUUUCAAAGACGUCAUUGAAACAAUCAACAAAUAUGCCUUCACAAAAUCACAGUAUCCAGUGAUUUUGUCCAUAGAGAACCACUGCAGUGUGCCUCAGCAGAAGAAAAUGGCAGAAUACCUGAAAGAGGUGCUACAGGAUAAACUGGACCUGUCCAACAUCAACACGCAUGAAUUCAGGAAGCUGCCUUCGCCAGAGAUCCUUAAGGGAAAAAUAUUAGUCAAGGGAAAGAAACUCCCAGCAAACCUUGAUCCGAAUGCCGAGGAAGGAGAUGUGUCUGAUGAAGACACUGGGGAUGAGGAAGAAGAGUAUGACGAAGAAGAUUAUUCCCAGGCAAAUUUACUUGAAGAAAACUGUGGUCUAGCUGCUCGACAGCCAAAGAAGAAGAGGCGCUUCGGCAGAUCCAUCAUGAGAAGCUUCAAACGCAAGAGAAAAAAGAGAAUGCGAGGAAGGAGUAAGGUCAGGUCUGAUGGAGAGUCUGACUAUAGCAGCGGCAGUAGGGACAGGACACAAAUAGUUUAUCAUCCAAAGAAGAGGAAAACAAUGAGGUUGUCCCGUGCUCUGUCCGACCUUGUCAAGUACACAAAAUCUGUCCGGGUGCACGACAUAGAAACUCAAGCCUAUACAAACAGUUGCCAGGUUUCGUCGCUCAACGAAACCGUGAUGAAUCAGAUUGUGCUGCUGAAGCCUCGUCAGCUGGUGCGCUUCAACCAGCGCCAACUCCUGAGAGUCUACCCGUCCAAUUACAGGGUGGAUUCCAGCAACUUCAACCCGCAACCCUACUGGAACACAGGGUGUCACAUGGUGGCAAUGAACUAUCAAACAGAGGGUCGUAUGCUCGAACUGAACAGAGCCAAGUUCUCAAGCAACGGAAACUGCGGCUACAUUCUGAAACCUAAAAUCAUGCGUAAAGGUGCCUUUAAUCCCAAUUUGGAAGAUCCACUUCCAGGGCAGAAGAAGAUUCAGUUAGUGCUGAAGAUCAUCAGUGGACAGCAGCUUCCCAAACCUAAGGACUCCAUGUUUGGAGACAGAGGAGAGAUCAUCGAUCCAUUUGUAGAGGUUGAGAUCAUCGGUCUACCUGUCGAUUGUACAAAGCAGCAGACUAGAGUGGUAGAUGACAACGGUUUCAACCCCAUGUGGGAGGAGACUCUUGUCUUCCACAUUCUGAUGCCACAGAUCGCUCUGGUACGUUUCCAAGUCUGGGAUCAUGACCCUAUUGGGCGGGAUUUCAUCGGUCAGAGGACAAUAUCUUUCAGCAGUAUGAUGCCAGGUUAUCGGCAUGUGUACUUGGAAGGGAUGGCAGAGUCUUCCAUCUUUGUUCACAUUGCUAUCAUCGAUGGGAAGGUAAAGCCAGCAAAUGCUGUACAAGUGGCCAGAAAGCACAUUCAGAAAGCAGCCCAGAAACACAUGAAGGGACCCCAAAGGCAGCCGUCCCUCGAUUCCUCCGUCCAGUCCUCCGAAGACUGGCCCCCCUUGUAUCUCCGCAAGGACGCCGACUGCUUCUCCCAGGACAGCAGGAACGAAGAAAUGUCCCCUUUGGUGCAAGGGCCCGCCGCCAGGGCAGCCAUGCACAGAGGGAUCAUGAGUGAACCCGUGAGACGUGCCCACCGAGUCAAAAUUCAUGAGCCAACACAGAUGAGGAGAGGGAUCUUUAGUAAGAUGUCUUCUACAGAUUCAAACAGAGUACCGGCAUUUCUGCUUCAAGAGAGCUUUGACCUGGACAGCCCUUCACGCCCAAACAGUCCUAUCGAAGACAGACAGGAUCCCGUUGCAGUUAAUUUCAGUCAUCCGCAGUCUUUGCCUGAAGCUGAUGAGUUGCAAACACUGACCCCAUUUAGAGAAGAGGAGCCUGAACCCUCUGUGGUGGCUGAUGCAGAAACAGUGACUGACACAGAUCCACCGGGGGAACCUCCGCCUGCAGCUCCUCCAUCGAUACCACACCAUCCCCUAUGUUCCGAAGCAAAAUUUGUACCUCUUAUCCCUCCGCCUUCCCCAGCUCGCGUCAGAAGAACAUUAGAGGCACCUGCCACCCCCAAGCCCUCCACCCCAAUACGAACUAAAGUGCGCUCACGCAGUUGCCCCCGAAAACCCAAUAUCUCCCCUGUCACACCCAUGGUAGACCGCAGAUCCGCUUUCCGUUGGCAGACUUGGCGAGUCCAGAGCAUGGCCGAGGACAGCGACCACCUAGUAAGAACUGUACCCAACGGCCUGUGCUUGUCUGACAGUUCGUCUAGCAGCGGGGGCAGCUCAGACAGCCUGGAGUUCAGAGAUGCCCCCGUUGCGGCAGGUGCUGAGCAGUGUGAUGGCACCCUGCAGAGGGAGAUGAAGGCACUUUUUGACCAAAAACUGAGAGCAAUUAGAUGCACAUCCCCACUUUUGUUUGAUGUAAAAGGAUCUGAGAACACAUUUGGGCCUAGGUAG